AGUUUUGGGUGGUGAAACUAUGGGAUGUUUUUUCUUUAUAACAUUCUCAAAAUUUUGUUUAAUGAUCAUAUAUUUGUAUAUUACAGAUAAACAAUUUAACUAUUGUCUUCUCAUUAAAAUGUUAACAGCCAUAGCAAGUCAAUUUUCAAUCAUUGAAAUAAAUCUUUUGUAAAGGAACAUUGUCCAGCAUGGAUUCUCUCUCAGAAGAAUUUUUUGUGAGGGAACCAGUUAUGGAGGAACCUGAGACUACAAUAGGAAUGUCAACUGGCCAAUUGAACAAACAGGAAAAGGACAUACCUACUGAUCCUGUCCCUGUUAACCUACUAUUAGAAGUGAAAAAGUUACUAAAUGUAAUUCACAGUCUACCAAAAGGUGUUAUUCCUCAUGUUAAGAAAUUCGUCCAAGAAGAUUUUCCCUUCCAAACUAUGCAGCGAGAAGUUACAGCUGACAGCCAGCGUGAGGAGGAAAUUGUUCCUGUUUUAACUUUACAUUUCCUAAUAACACAACUCGAAGCAGCACUUAAGAAUAUUCAAGCUACGAAUUACACAGCAAACCAGAUUAAUGUUGGUUAUUACUUGACUUUACUAUUUUUAUAUGGAGUGGCACUUACUGAAAGAGGAAAGAAAGAGGAUUUUACAGAGGCUGAAAAUAAAUUCCUGGUGAUGAAGAUGGUGAUUCAAGAAAAUGAAAUUUGUGAAAACUUUAUGCCUUUAGUUUAUUUUGGACGUGGUUUACUUCGAUGUGCUCAGAAACGGUAUAAUGGUGGACUGCUAGAAUUCCACAAAAGCUCUCAAGAAAUAGAAGAUACAGAUGAUGAUUGGUUUGACAUAGAUCCUACGGAAGAUGAAGAUUUACUUAUAACUUUUAAAGAUGUUCUUACUAAUUUUAUCAAGACAACUGAAGAGGAUAUAAUGAAGCAUACCAUUUGUAGUUAUCUUGACUGUGAGAGGUCUUGUGAAGCUGACAUAUUAAAGAACACCAAUUAUAAGGGAUUUUUCCAAUUAAUGUGCAGUAAAAGCUGUUGUGUUUAUUUUCAUAAAAUUUGCUGGAAAAGGUUUAAGAAUUUAAAAUAUCCUGGAGAAGAUGAUCAGAGCUUUAGUGGAAAAAAGUGUUUAAAGGAAGGAUGCGCAGGUGACAUGGUAAGGAUGCUGCUCUGUGACAUGCCUGGGAUUGUUAAGAUUUUGUUUGAAGUUGUAAGGAAGGAUGAAUAUAUAACCAUUGAAAAUUUAGGAGCAAGCUAUAAAACGUUGAUGUCUCUGAAAAUAGCGGAUACUGAUAUAAGACCGAAGAUCAGUUUAAAAUUUAAUACAAAAGAUGAAAUGCCUGUCUUCAAACUUGAUUAUAAUUAUUUCUACCACCUGCUUCAUAUAAUUAUUAUUUCUGGUACUGACAUUGUUCGGAAAAUAUUUGAUGAGGCUAUGCCACCCCCUCUUUUGAAAAAAGAGUUACUCAUACACAAGAACGUGUUGGAGUCCUACUACAACCAUCUUUGGACCAAUCAUCCUUUGGGUGGAUCAUGGCAUCUACUUUUUCCCCCAAACAAGGAGCCACCACAGUCCAAACAGUUUGACUUAUGCCUCCUAUUAGCUCUCAUAAAACAUUUGAAUGUAUUCCCUGCACCCAAAAAAGGCUGGAAUAUGGAGCCAUCAUCUUCUGAUCUCUCUAAGUCUGCAGACAUUCUGAGGCUGUGCAAAUACCGGGAUAUCCUCCUUAGUGAGAUUUUGAUGAAUGGUCUCACUGAGUCACAGUUCAAUUCAAUUUGGAAAAAAGUUUCAGAUAUUCUUCUACGUCUUGGCAUGAAACAAGAGGAUAUUGACAAAGUGAAAGAGAAUCCCAUUGAGAAUAUCUCACUUGAUUACCAUCAGCUAUCCAUCUACCUAGGCAUACCAGUACCAGAAAUCAUCCAGAGGAUGUUAUCCUGCUAUCAACAAGGAAUUGCUCUACAAUCAAUAACGGGUAGUCAACGUAUUGAACUAGAAGAGUUACAGAACGAGGAAGAAGAACUAAGUCCACCUCUUAUUGAGUACAAUGUUAAUGUGAAAUCACUUUCUGAAAUACAGUUAGCAGAAAUAAAUAAAGAUGGUGCCUCAAUACCCAGCGAAUCAUCAACAGAAUCCAUUAAAGAUCUUCAAGAAGUUAAAGGUAAAUCAAAGAAAAAGAAAAAGACUAAGAAUAAAAAGACUAAGGAAUCAAAAGAAGAAAUCCCAUAUAUGAUAGAAAAGGAAGGGGACGUGAAGGAUGAACAAGAAAAUUCAGAUAUAUUCAGAAUUAUGAAAGAUGAUGGAAGUGAUAUUCAAGAAGAUUCUGCAACAGAGGAGAAGUUCUACAGUCUGGAUGAACUGCAUAUUCUGGACAUGCUAGAGCAGCAGGGUGUCAGUGGCAAGGUGUCUGCAGACUAUGGAGAAACUGACAAAGAGAGGCUUGCUCGUCAGCAGCAGCUUUACAGAUUGCAUUAUCAGUGUGAGGAUUUCAAAAGACAGUUGAAAACAGUAACUUUUCGAUGGCAGGAAAAUCAAAUGCAGAUUAAGAAGAAGGACAAAAUUAUUGCAUCUCUUAACCAGCAGGUGGUCUUUGGAGUCAAUAAGGUUUCCAAAUUGCAGCGUCAAAUCCAUGCUAAAGAUAAUGAAAUCAAGAACCUUAAGGAACAACUUUCCUUGAAAAGAUCUCAGUGGGAAAUAGAGAAGCAUAAUCUGGAAAGCACGAUGAAAACAUAUGUAAACAAACUGAAUGCAGAAACCAGCAGAGCCCUGACAGCCGAGGUAUAUUUUUUACAGUGUCGAAGAGAUUUUGGCUUGCUUCAUCUAGAGCAGACUGAAAAGGAGUGUCUCAGUCAGCUGGCCAGGGUGACUCACAUGGCGGCCAGCAACCUAGAAUCACUUCAAUUAAAGGCUGCAGUAGAUAGUUGGAAUGCCAUCGUGGCUGAUGUUAGAAACAAGAUUGCAUUCCUUCGGACACAGUAUAAUGAACAAAUCAACAAGGUGAAGCAAGGAUUUGCACUAAGUACUUUGCCUCCAGUCCAGCUUCCACCACCACCACCCAGUCCUGAGAUACUGCCUAUCUCCAACAAUUCAGACAGCUUCUACUGGCAAGUGCAUCAUACUCAGAUGCAGCAAUUCUUAGGAAGACCCCUUGUGAAAGACUCCUUCUUCAGACCCAUACUUACUGUUCCUCAAAUGCCUGCUGUUUGCCCUGGAGUCAUCGCGACAGCGGGCCAGCCUAGAUCUCCUCUGAUGACUGGCAUAGCCUGGAGUAUGCCAACACCUGUGGGAGAAAAUGUACCUCCUGGUGCAAGUCCAGGAGGUGAUCCUUCAAUGAUGAAUUUGGAGAGGCUUACGGAUAGGCUGAAAACUGCCUUUCCACAACAGACCAGAAAAGACCUUGCAGACUUUUUACGAAAAGUGAAAGAUGCUCAUGGGAAGUCAUUAUCUGGGUUAACAUUUGAUGAAAUUGUUUUUAAGAUUUCACAAUUCAUUGACCCUAAAAGAUCACAGAGUCAAGGAAAAUCAGCAUCAAACACUAGCUGUGUUUCGCCCAGUCAUUCUCUAUCACAGGCUAACACUGCCCAGGCCCCCAAAUCACCCUGGAGACCCCUCAGUUCACAAGGUUCUGCCAAAUGGGAAGGAGCCAAUAAUUUGGAGACAGAGGAAGAAGAAGAGGAACCUUGUGUGAUCUGUCAUGAGAAUCUAUCUCCAGAAAACCUUUCAGUUUUGCCUUGUGCUCACAAAUUUCAUUCUCAGUGCAUUAGACCGUGGUUGACGCAACGGGGGACGUGCCCAACCUGCAGACUCCGUGUUUUGCUGCCGGAAGAGUUCCCUGGUCACCCCAGCCGGCAGUUGCCCAAGAUCUGAUACAAAGCAGAUGACUGUGCAGAGAAAGCUCAAUGUUACUAUUCCAAAAUCUAGUUCUAUGUGAAUGGUGUGGAACAGUGUGCUGUUCAGUAACAUACUAAAGAUGUAUGUUAAUCUCAUCAAAAUGGCAGCCAAAAAUGCCAGGACAAAUCUUCAGGACUUGUAAACUGAAGUGAAGGAUCUUAAAGAUAAAAUUUUAGUGAUCACACAUGCUAUUGUCAUAGUAAGCUUUUUCUUUUAUUGUGAACACAAUAGCAUAGUAUAUUUCUUCAUGACUUUUUUCCUUCUUUUUCUACUCAACGCUUACUUUACCUCAAGUAAAAUACAUCUUUGUUUCCUGAAAUAUAAAAAAAGUGGAGGAAAAGAGAAGUAGGAAAAUUCUACUGAUUUUAUUGUUCUUUAUAAUUUUUAAAACCAGCUGUAACAAAUACAGUUGUUGUUCCAUGUCUCUUUUUCCCAUUCUUUUCAAAUCUAUAAUAUGUAUGGUCUGAUGAGAUUAUAAACUACUUACAGCUAGAAGCCAGACCCUAUUUCAGAGCUGGAUCAUAGUGGCUUAUGAAAGACGAUUCAUAAAGUUAAAAAAUUUGUGAGCCACUUGUGAAACUGUUGGUAGUUUGAAUUCUACCACAGUGGGAGUAUUUAUACCAUAGGGAUUGCUAAAUGAGAUAAGCAAAGAUUUAUCUAUUUGCCAGCACACACUGGAACAUGUCUGAUCUUCCUUCGUAUUCUCAAUGUCUUAUACAACAGAAGCAAAAUAAAUAUUCCCAGAAUUAGAAAUCAGGAAGUAGUUGAAGUAUUAUACAUGGCUGGAAUCAUUUUAAAAUGUCUAUUAAGUUACUUGUUCAAUUGAUAAUUAAUAAGUUAUAGUCUCUGUAAGUAUCAUCUAGGAGCUUAAUAUUUGUGUUUUGGAGAGAUUAUAUUUUCCAUUUUCAGAAUAUCUGGUUUCAUGUCCUGGGCAGAGGGUA